GCCGCACCGCGGGAGAGGGACCGGCCCGCCCGGCGAGCAAGCUCGGUCCCAGCUCCGUGCCUGCCCCGCUCCUUUCCCUCUCUCCUCGUCGCCGUCGGCCCUGGCCCUCUGCCCCGGGAUGCCUCCCAACCUCACCGGCUAUUACCGCUUCGUCUCCCAGGAGAACAUGGACAAUUACCUGCGCGCUUUAGAUAUCAAUGUGGUCCUGCGAAAACUGGUUUGCCUCCUGAAGCCCGAUAAAGAGAUCAUCCACACAGGAGAUCACAUGGUCAUCCGCACGAUCACCUCCCUGCGGGACUAUGUUAUGGAUUUUGACCUGGGAGUCCAGUUUGAGGAAGACCUGGGGCCCGUGGAUGGACGCAAGUGCCAGACAACUGUCUCCUGGGAGGGGGAUCAGCUGGUGUGUGAGCAGCUAGGAGAGAAGAGGAACCGAGGCUGGAGGCACUGGCUGGAGGGGGACCAGCUGCAUCUGCGCAUGACCGCUGAAGACGAGGUCUGUGUCCAGGUUUUCCAGAAAGUGAAGUGAGCUCUCCCCCGGAUGGGUGCCUGGACGGGACCCUCGCUCCCGAGUUGCGAACUGCCCCGGAUUGAAAAAGAAACAAGACCCGAGCGAGCCGAGCUCCCCCCCCCCCCUCGCCGUAGCAGUGUGU